CAUGCGUCAUUCUCUCUCUGUUCAUCGAUCAAAGCUAAUCAUGGCUUCCUCCUACUUGUUUACUAGCUUUUCCUUCACCUUACUGAUGAUCCUAGUGGGGAUGGCUUCUGCACAGCUAUCCUCGAAUUUCUACGCGACGUCGUGCCCUAGUGCCCUCUCCAUCAUUAAGUCUGCAGUAACUUCUGCUGUUGCUAAAGAGCGACGUAUGGGGGCUUCCUUGCUCCGUCUUCAUUUCCAUGACUGCUUUGUUAAUGGCUGUGAUGCUUCUAUUCUGCUGGAUGACACUUCAAGCUUCACCGGUGAGAAGACAGCUGCUCCUAAUGCAAAUUCAGCCAGAGGAUUUGAUGUGAUCGAUACUAUUAAAUCUCAACUCGAAAGCGCGUGCCCUGGAGUUGUUUCAUGUGCAGACAUUCUAGCAGUUGCUUCUCGAGACUCCGUCGUUGCUUUGGGUGGCACUUCAUGGACAGUGCAGUUAGGCAGAAGAGACUCAACUACAGCGAGCUUAGAUGAUGCUAAUAACAACCUCCCAUCUCCAUUCUUGGAUCUGAGUGACCUCAUAUCUGCCUUUGCAAAUAAGGGCUUCACUGCUAAAGAGUUGGUGGUUUUAUCAGGAGGUCACUCAAUAGGUCAGGCAAGGUGCUCCCUCUUUCGAUCCCGCAUCUACAACGAGACCAACGUCGACUCCUCAUUUGCAAAAUCCAUCAAGUCCAACUGCCCCAGCGCCGGAGGUGACAACACCCUCGCUAAUCUUGACACCACCACUUCUACAGUAUUCGAUAACGCUUACUUCACCAACUUGUUGAACAACAAGGGUCUGUUGCAUUCUGACCAACAACUCUUCAAUGGUGGCUCCACUGAUGCCCAAGUUAGAGCCUACAGCACCAACUCUGCGACUUUCUUUUCCGAUUUUGGGAACGCCAUGAUCAAGAUGGGGAACCUUAGCCCACUUACUGGCACUAGUGGCCAGAUCAGGACCAAUUGUAGGAAGGUCAACUAAUUGUUUCUCUCUCUCUCUAUUUUGGGGUAUAUUAUCUAUAAGCCAAUAAAGCAAAUGUCUACAAAGGGUAGUUAUUGGCACUAGUGGCCAGAUCAGGACCAAUUGUAGGAAGGUCAACUAAUUGUUUCUCUCUGUCUCUCUCUAUUUUGGGGUAUGUUAUCCAUAUAAGCCAAUAAAGCAAGUGUCUACAAAGGUAGUUAUUUGUCAA